AGGUUCGGACCCCUGGCGCGGCAUACUUUUGGGCAUGGCCCUGCUCCUCUGCACCUUCGACCAGCUCGAGUUGUACAUCGAAUGGGCCUUCGCCCAGCGCGGAGAGGUCACGCCGAGUCCCUCGAUCCAGGCGUAUCCGGGCGUGUUCGUGGGGGAUCUCAGCCAGCUGAACUGCUUCAAGCGGAACGCCUUCUCCGCCGUGGUGGGCACCCUCUUUGUGCUGGCCUUCUCCGGCAACCUGGGCACCCUCUACGUGAACACCCGCCGGAAGCUGCGGCCCUUCUUCAGGGCCUGCCUCAUCUCCCUGGCCUGCAGUGACCUCGUCUCCAGCGUCUUCUGCACCGUGUCCUACAUGGCUCAGUUCCAGGCGGAGUAUCUGCAGCUGUGGACAAUUGGUGGCUUCAUGUGCAAGUUUGUGCCCUUUAUCACCACCAUGUCGGUGUUGUCCGGCAGCCUGACCCUGGUGGCCAUCGCCCUGGACCGCUACUUGGCCGUGAUGCGACCCGUACUGGGGUUCUGGAGUCCGGACAAACGCUUCAGCACGCUGUGCAUGCUGCUCAUCUGGGCCUGCUCGAUAGGAUCCUCUGGCCCGCUGCUGGGCAUCUACGACUACCGGCAGAUCUUUCUCCUGGAGGUGGAGGACUCUGGCGAGGAGCGUGGUGGGAAGGAGGUGGUGGCCACCGCUGUGCCCGAGGAGCUGACGGUCACCGAGUUGGAAAUGGUGCACAUGUGCCUGGCCGGAGACCACGACGUCGGACUCUACUACGUCAUACUGUUCACCCUGAUCUUCCUGCCGUGCAUAGUGUCCUUCCUCUGGCUGAAUGCCGUGAUUGCGCGGCAACUGUGGCUGCGGAGGCACUACCACCAGGAGCAGCAGGUGCAGCAGCAGGAGCCCAAGGAGGGUCAGUUCAAGCGCAUGGCGAAUGGCCACGACCUCCUGAUGCCCUCCACCCUGGUCAGUGCCAUGGGCGUGGCCGUGCCCUUUGCGCUGGACAGAACUCCCUUGCCGCCCAAGAGUCCUGUCGGCGAUCCUGUGAAGAAGACCACCGUUACUGCUCUGGCCAGGGAGGCCCGGCACCGCAGGAUGGUGGUGGUGGUGCUGCUGAUGAUGGCGGUGUUCAUAUGCCUUCGACUGCCCGCCUGGGUCUUCCUGAUCAUGCGGCUCUAUGGCUCCUACUCGGAGCCCAUCGACUGGCUCCUGUACUUCAGCUUCGGCAUACUGAACCUGUUCAGCUGCGCCCUGAACCCCAUCUUCUACACCUUCCUCACCCAAACCAUUCGGACUGUGUCGCUGGUCAAGCAGAAGAUUCUGGGUUUCCUUGGCUGCCCUCCUGGUAAAGUGCAUGAUGGCAUGCCCACGGACCAGAUGGACAAAAGCAGCUGCUGCUGCGGCCUGAGGCCACCCACCUUCACUUGGAGGUGCUAUCCCAGCCGCGACAGGGCAGCAACCACCGUACUCCGGGAUGGGAACCAGCCAGAUCCGCCCUCCGACCAGGCGCACCCGGAUCAGAGUAGCCUGCGACGGUUCCUCAGCUACAAACACGAGGUGUUCUCCAUUUACAAGCCGUGCGGUGACUCGUCGAGUGCGUCAAUCGAGUCCUCCGCCUGAUAGGCGGGGGUCGUAAAUCACUCGGGUGCCUUUGUCGGCUACGGGGGCCAACGGUUAGCAGAACCCCAGAACUUGAUUGAUGGAUCCAGCCCCCAUUCAGUCGGUACAGCCGCAAAAACGGUUUGUCACGGUGGGUAUAUCACCCACGAAUUCACUAGUACGCAUUUAGAUAUAAGCUCACAAAUUAUGUACCUCGUCAAAUGUGUAAAUUUGCGGAAUAAAGCGAAUGGGUGUUGGCAGCUAACUAACC